AUGGAUGAUAUUAAGGAGGAGGUAGAAUACUGGCAAUCAACUGUAGUCUGCUAUGUAUUGGGAUCGAAUCCCCCCCUAACAGUCAUAGAAGGGUACUUUAAGCGUAUAUGGGGAGCUCUGGGGAUAGACAUUUUUGCACAAACUAGCAAAGGGGUUUUCCUUGUUAGAUUCCAUAGCGUGGAGAGUCGUACUAAAGUAGUUGAAGAUGGGAUCCAGACUUCUGACAGAAAACCUGUGAUUGUAAAGCCAUGGAGACCAGAUGUGGAGAUGAACAAGAUCACAGUUGAAAAGGUACCUAUCUGGAUUAAGUUGAUAGGACUGGAUCUGAAGUAUUGGGGGCAAGUAGCAUUAACAAAAAUAGCAGAAUUUGUUGGGAAACCAGUGAAAGCUGAUGCAACAAUAACUAUGAAAGAGAGGUUGAUGUAUGUUAGUGUAGUGGUUGAGGUCCAACCGAACCAAACAUACCCAGACAUAAUCAUAAUUGAAAGUGAAACAGGUCAGGUAAUCAAACAGAGUGUGGAGUAUGAAUGGAAACCUAUAAUUUAUGAAUAUUGUAAGAUCUUUGGGCAUAAGAAGCAGCAAUGCAAACAGCAAAAAGCUGAAUAA